GUUCCAUGGGUCAGAUUCAAAGCCACAGGGGUUUCUGGCUGCAUGUCAGGGUCUCAGAUGCUUUUGACCUGGGUCUGGAACGCCCGAGAAUGUCUGUGGGACAUUCUGAGUUCCGACAAGCAGUAACUGGGAGAAAGGUAACUCCAGCAGUGGAAGAUCCUGACCGCCAACUCACUGACCACAAACUCAAAUGGAGGAAAGAACUACAAUUGAGGACUAAUUAGCACUAGAAGUGAGAGGUUUAAUGGGCAAAUAGGGGGUUGAGUACUAACUGAUGAAAAAGCUGUGAAAACUGUGACCAAUGAAUGCUGAUGCCUUUGUUUGUUAAAAUACAAAAACAGUGUAAAGUUUAGAUGAGCAGGGAGUCAGGUAUUUAUGUGCUACCACCCAGCUCCCUCCUUUGCGGACUCUAGGAUAAAAAAAUAGAAAUACCUCAACUCAGUGUGAGAAUUGGCAUUGAGUAAUGAACCCACAUUCAGGACAACAACUUACAUUUGAAGUUGCAAGCAGCAAUCAAUGAACUUGUGUGUUCAUAUCAUACCCAAAGUCAUUUUGAGAGACUUAAGCUGCAACGCACUGGAAAACAGGCCAAGAAGAACCUACCUCACUUUAUUUAACAAUAUUCUAAAUGGUAUUGUGUUGCAGAAACUCUUGGAUCUUUUGAACACACUAAAAUAACUGAGGUUUUUAUUCCCUCUCAGAAAGGGGAAGCUAGGUAAUAUAGUGGGGGUUUCUUGGUUUUUAUUUUGGAUGCAGAUUCUGAAAGAUGCUCUGGAAACUGAACUUUUUUCUUCAGAAGAGGUUUAGAAAUAAGUAUAUCUAAACAUCAUUUGAAAUAUCAUCUCAGAGUGAAAGCAUGCAACUCAGUCACAUUUUGAGGUUCUCAGCAGGGUUCCUCUAGUGGCAAUGGGUAUUUAACAUCUAGAUAUUGAAAAAUCAUGCUUUGUCACAUGCUAGGCCAUGAAAACCUGUCCCCAGAUAGGACCAAAGGAGUAGAUGAAAGUAAAUAGAUAUCAUGGCCCUUUUGCUGAUAGCCCUGAAGGUCAGCAAUAUCCACCUACUCCACCAGAGACUGGAAAUUUCUGGUCAUCAAAUUACAUAAAGGGGAUAUCAAAUGAAACCACUGUUUCUUCUAAUUGACCUUUCUGUCAUAGACAGAAAGGGAGCUGCUAAAAUGCAAGUUCACCUAAUAUAAUGACACCAAUGUGUUCCGAGUGUGUUCUUUGGCUCACAAUAUGAACUUCCAUGGCAGAGGGCCUAGCUCUCUGAAAUAGUUUCUUCUGUUCUAUGUAAGCUCCCAUGGCAUCUGAACAGUAAUUACAUGGACAGAUUUAAACAACUGACAGUGGCAAUAGUAUUGAAUAUAUAUUUGACCAAUGAGUAUCUUCACUUCCAUGAAUUCUAAAAAGGCACUAAAAAAGUAAGGGAAAUUGUAAGGGACUUCGAGCAGCAAGGAAAGAUGGAAGUGCUCUAGGGCUUGCUACAAAAAAAAAAAAAAAAGAAUCCAGAAGGUGUUUUUUCCAUCGCUAGGUGAAAAGCACACUGCAACCAACAGGUCAAAACAUACUGUCCCUCGUUUCUUUAGCUGCGCUGUGGCACAAAAGAGAAUGCAUUUAAAUUGAAAAUCUUUAAAAAAAGAAUUUGAAACAAAAUCUUGAAUGUCAGCUAGCACCUGCAUGAUGGGCUGACCCUGUCUGGACACCAAGUACCAUCAAAGCUACUCUAUCACUACCCCCCUCAGCUGGACUGAGGAUAGAAAAUAAACAAAAGGCUUGUUGGUGAAGCUGACAGGGAGAGAUUACUCAGUUAGUGUUACAGGAAAAACAGACUCAACUUGGGGCAACUAAUUGAACUCGUUACUAAUCAGAUCAGAGUAGGGGAAUAGGACGCAAAAGUAAAUCCUAAAACCAUUUACCCCAGAGCUCCCUUCUUCACUUCACUCCCCUUUUUACCUACUUCCUGCUCACCAGCAGCACAGGGAGACGGGGAAUGGAGGCUGCAGUCAGUUUAUCACAUGUUGUCUCUGCCACUACUUCUUCCUCAGAAAGAGGUCUUCUCACACUGUUCCCCUGCUACAGCAUAGGUCCCUCCUAUGGAAGUGAAAACUGCAUGAACUUCCCCAGUGUGAGACCCUCCUACAGGCUGCAGCUCUUAAUGAACUGCUUUAUCAUGGAUGCCUUCUAUAGGGUGCAGUCCCUCAGGAAGAUUGCUCCAGCCUGGAUUCCCCAUGGAGUCACAAGUCCUGCCAGCAAACCUGUGUCACAAACCUGCCAGCUCCAGUGUGGGGUCCUCUGUCCAUGGGGCCACAGGUCCUGCCGGGAGCCUGCUCCAGCAUGGGGCCUCCUCCAGGUUGCAGUCUUCUUUGGACAUCCACCUGCUCCAGGCCUGGAGGUCUCCAUGGGCUGCAGGUGGAUAUCUGCUCCACUAUGGACUUCCACAGGCUGCAGGCAGUUGUCUAACCAUGGUCUUCAUGAUGGGCUACAGAGGAAUCUUCUCACAGAAGACUACCACCCCUGUAGUCCCUGUGGCACCAAACCCUUGCUGUGCAAACCCAAUACAAAGUGCCCCAAAGAGCUGUCGUUCACCUACCUCCCAUACAUGAUCUUAGCAGCACUGCUGCUUCAAACUCAUUAGUGACAGGCAUGUUAUAUGUCAACUCCUGCUACAGGUUUUGAUCUCAAGUAUUUAUUUCAGUAAGAGAUGAGCUCAUCCCUUGCCACUUUUGGUAUGUUUCUUGAUAGAACACAGUAAAACAUAUGAAAAGGUGUCUUUCAUAAGUAUUAGAAUAGCAUGAGGAUUGAAGAUUCAGCACUGCAGUGCGUUUCUUUUAAAGUGCAUUAUAACAGGACAACAAAUACAGAGCAAUUCUUCUGUCCUGCUACAGCAGCCAUGAUAGAUUCCUUAUAUCUGUCUGCAAACAAGGAAACAACUUUCAAGAUUUCUCAAUUAUUUUUAAGCAAUAUUUAUAAUCUAACAUGCCGAUUUUGAAUAAAAAAUGGAAAAUUUAAUCCUUGCUUCCAAUAUUUGAGUUUGUUUCCUCUGCCAUUAAUAAAUCCUAAAAAAAAAAAUAAAUCAACCAAUAGUGGGGAAAAUGCGUUGCCUUUUUCCUUCAUCAAAUUCAAUGCUUCUUUCGGUAUUUUCAGCUGUUAAUGUUAUGAAAAUAAAAAUUACUCCAUUUUCCCUCAUUACUCCUCUGGAAAGAGCUUAUUCUUCAGCACCUGAGCUUUAGUUCUAAUAUCUCAUAUUUCUCUUAUGCAUUUCUGCCCUGGAGACCAGCUACGUUGUCCUGCAUUUUGGAAAGAAAGCAAUUAUUAACCUCAUCAGUGAAGGUGUACAGAUCUUACACUUUGCUUGAAGAUUUAAGACAUGUAUGGGACAAAUUCCUGUGAAGUUAAGUGUUGCAGAAAUGAAAAAUUCAUGUCACUAAGCGCUCUUAGUGCCAUAUUUCUUGCCCGCCAAUUUUAUUCCUCCCUGGGUGAAUUAUUAUUUUUAGCUAUUAAUCCAAGCUACUCUCUCAGGCAAAACUCCUUCUGGAAGUUUUAUAAUUCUGCCAAAUGAAAAUAAGAGGUUUUGAUGUGUGUUUCUCUGUUUUUGAAGAGGAAGCAAUACUACAUGUUCUUAUAUUUCCUAAAUACAAAUAUUUGUUAUACUUGAUGUGGUACCUCACUGCUAUAACCAGCCUUUAAAAGAAAAUUAGAGCUUAGUUUGAAACUGUUGAUUGUUUUCAGCAUCAUCUGAAAGUACAAUUGCUUUUUUCAACAAGGCAAUGGCACAAGGCCACAUCAGUACCCUUUCAUCAGGGUACAGAGCAGAGUAGCUUUAAAAUGCCUGAUAAGAAUUUAAUAAUCCAAGCAGAAAAUUACUGGCAUGCUAUCAGAAAAAUACACAAUAAAGCAAGUAUAAGAUUCUUCAGUUCAAGACUAGAAAAACAGAUAGUAGACCUUAGAAUAAUUUGUGUUCUUUACACCUUUUAAAUGUUGGUAUUUUUAGCUGUCGUGGACAAUACAUUAGACUGUUAACAUCAACAGGCAGCAGAUAACCAUAGACAUAAAGGGUGAAUGUCCAAAACUGAGCUUCUGAAUUCUCCUGAAUUCAGGAGACCUGAAGCACAGAUCUUCUAUUUGUUAACUAAAACCUGUAUAGGCUUGUUGUAAAACAUGGAAAUACUCUGGAUUCAACAGAAGUGACGUGACUAAAUCCUGCAAUAAACAAAGGCAUGUGCCAUACCACAAGGCAAACCCGUCAACUCAGAGGCAGAUCACAUGUGUUUCUACAUGUAUUUAGAUGAAGAAAAGCAGUUUUAUAAAAUAGGAAAAAGGAGCAAUUCCUUGAAAAUGCAUCCAAAAAAGCACUGAGGUGUUUGGGGAUUUGGCCAUUGACACUCAAGAUCAGUAACUGUAAACACCAUAAUAACAUAAAAUCAACACUUUUGCCCCAGCUCUCCAGGAUCUACAGCAAUCUUCCCAAGAGAAGAGAGUUAAGACUGGGUGAAUGUUACAUUUGGAAUCGGUGUAUAUGUGAAGUUAUUAAGGAUAAUAAUGGUGCCACUACCACCAGUUUUUAAAACCUCAAUAUCACAACACACACUGUUUUUUUCAUCAUGCUUAUCAUGAAAAUACAUAAAUUGCAUGAAAGUAAAGCAGAAAUAAAAUGUCUAAUAAAAAUGCCUUACUAGGUUAUGUAGACAGAAGCUUCUGUAAGACACAAAUCUACCAUUACCCACUCAAAGUUUAACCAGUCAACCAACAAUUAAAACAGAUAUUUGAUGAAUCAUAUUUUUUCAGAAUCUCUUAGAAAGACUCUCUAAUAUUUGAACAUACCAAACAAGAUAAUCAAGCCUGAAAUAAAAGGACAGAGAAAAUAAAUAUUGAAGUCAAGAUGGAAUCCCAGAGAAAUGUCUGUUACCAAGCUUUGCUUGCAACAUUUCAGAGCAUGAUCAAUUAAAUGAGAAACAGAAAGAUUCCAAAUCUUUUCUCCAGUGAAAAUAAUUGUAUACAUUAUGAGGCAGUGUUGAAUUGUACCCACAUUGCUGUUCUAAGAUAAAGGUGUCAUUGACAGCUGCAGUCAACAUCCUGCACUGCCUCAAGGCAAGGUUGUCCUCUCCUGCAAAUCUAAAGGAAAUUUUGCUUUUAAUUUUUUUUCCUACCAACUUCCACUGAUCCCAGUAGAAGUAAAGGCCAAUGCAGAGAAUGAAAAAAGAUACAGCAAAAUAAAAACAUCUCCAACAUUGAUAUUAUUUCUGCAGCCCUCAUUGAUACUCAAGGUUUGCCUGCAUAUUGUGUCAGUUUCAUUUAACUGUACAAGAUGAAUGAGUAUCUGGAAUCAUUUAAGUAUAAUGAAAACCUAUUUGUAUUUCUAAACUGACACCAUACACUACUCAGGAGUCUUUACACGUACCUCAGAGGGCUUGCUAAAUGCAUUUGAUGUGAUUGCUAGCCAGUUCUGUGGGUGCUUGAAGAAACUUAGUCACUUUCAAUUGUCUUAGAAUCUACGCAGCCUGCAGACACUUCAUGAUGUGUGGCUUGCACUUAGCAUCCAGAGAGACUCUUCUUCCAGCUGACUAUAAUAAAGUGCUGAGCUGUAUUUGGAUUUUAACUACUUUCCUAUCUGGAAAGGCUGUGUCACUUGGAACUACCAUGAUCCUAAGCAACCAUUGUGCCUCUUCACUGCUCAGUUCAAGUGUGUGUAGGACCGGCUCCUCGGUCACAUGCAGGUCUGGGAAAUUCAAAUGUAGUAUUUGUGUUGGAGUUGCACACAGUGCUGGUCACAAGGUGAUAGGACGAGGUUGCUGGAUGAUAGGACAGGGCUGCUGGAUGAUCAAGUAUGCAAGCAAGUGAGCCACAAGGGAAUGCCAAAGGUGGCCGUUCUCCACUGUCUUACUGUCUAGCUGAAUAUACAACUAUCCCUCAGUGAAGAACUGCUGCCAUUUUCUGCUUACAAAUAACUGCCAGGCCUCUGCUUAAGGGGUAGGGUCCUCGUGUCUUGUGGAUGUAGGAAGACUUGGAUACACAAUUUGAGGCUGGCUAAGUAGUGGAAUAUACUUCUUUGGCCUUGGAGCUGCAGGAAAACAGCCGUAGUAAUUUUGUUCUGCUCAAGAGAAGGAACAAAGAAGUUUACAUAUCUAAGAGUCCAAAUAAAUGCUCUGCAUGAAAUCCAGUUGAAAAGUCUUCUGACACACAGAUGGAAAAGCAGCAGAGAGAUAAACAUGCUGCUCUAACAACACACCAUUUUUGGGUACCAUAUUUUUGUUGGAAUUAGAAGUCAGAUUCUUUGACACCUGUAAAGGUCUCAAUAAUGACAACAGAAUUGUGGACAUUAAAAUGAGCUAGCAGUAAGACAAUAAAGCCCAAUAAACAGCUUGAUAGACUAGCUCAACAUUUACAACUUCAUGAACUUGUGAUCAUCCUUCAGCUGCUGCCCAUUUCAGGCACGGAACACACUAGUAUCACUGAGACUCUUUUAAAGUAUUUCAACCAAAGAAUAAUACGUUCAAAAUACUAUCAGAGCAACAAAAAGACAUUAUCUAGCUUGUGGAACAUUCUGAACAGGAAGUCCUGGUUACAGUUUGUUUCGUUCUAGAAGUAGGAGCACUGAAAUCAGUAAUAGAGAGAGACAACCUGACUUAGCCAUGCAACAUGGGUAGCAAUAAGGCCAUCUUCAAUCAGUUUUGGGGACUUUAAUACAGAAUGUUCUGUCACACUUCUGAAAAGGAGGAAGGACUAGAACUCCAAGUAUAUGUGGAGGUGUCUUCCAUCUGGAAAUCAAAGCAACAGUGUCCUUUAUCCAAAGUGUAAUACUGUCCUCUUUCCAAGGUUACAUGCUGGUUUUUCACUCUUAUAAGAUAGUACUUUACUCUUAGUUUACUCUUUUACUCUUCUGCAUUAUAAAUUGAAAUACAUUUAAAUAUAUGGCAAGUCAUAAAUAUGCAACCAGACAGGACAGAAUUUGGCUCUUCCGCAUCCUCAUCCUUUCAGCCAAAAACCAUCUUUCUAAGGUUAAUUCUGUUCUCAGAUAUCAAAGAGCUAGAUCUUCCAAAAUGAGUCCUGGGAUGUUUGUGAGGGCCCUCUUCUUGUUCCAGCAGACAGGUAACAAGAAAGGAUCAGAUUGGGACAUCAGUGUAUUGAUGAAUGUGAAUGGGACAACCUAAACUAUCUCAGGGGGUGUUCCUCCAAGACUGAUAAUGCUAAAGAUUAAGAUAACAAUCAGAUGGAUAAAGCAGUAAUCAGGCAAUUAACAGAGACUUUGGCAGGGAAAAAAUCCCCCUAAAAAGCAAUACAAAAGCCGCAAAAACAUUUGCAGCAGUGGAGACAGCAGCUGCUGAUGCUGGGCAGACAGAGCAGCACUGCUGGGCACUUCCACCCCCUUUCUGUGGAGAACAGAGGGGAAGGAGCCCCCAUAGGCAUGUGCCUAUGGGACCUUGCAGGGGGCUUCCUCAGUGGCUUGGCAGUCUGAGGUGCUGCUUUUUCAUGAAACAGGCAUAAGUGAAAUAAGCUGCACCCUGGGGUUCAUUAUUCCUGAGAAUGAUCAUCCUGUGUGAAACACGUAUAUGUUAUCAAAAGAUUGUUAUGCCAGCUCUGAUGUGUUGUGAUACUAAGAAUAUAUAGGUGUAGCCAAGGUAACUGAAAACCAAAUAGCUUCUUAUUUUAAAAACAUUGAAAAGGGGAUGUGUAACAGUUGGCAAUUUAAUCAAGUUGACUGACUAGAAAAAAAUUGCCACUACAGAGAAUUCAGCAGUAUUGUCUGCUUUUGGUGACAGCUGCAACCUUGGCUGACAUCAAAACAAAUUUUAGCACUGGGUCUAAAACUGGACUACACUAGGAGAAAUCUAUGGGCUGCUUCCAAGUUUGGUACGGAUCUUCAGUGACCUCUGAGGAAACCUGUCUGUCCUUCCUGGACCUCUAGUUUACAUGAAGUCUUACGUAACUUCAGAUUUGCAGCAGUCUUUUGGUGACACCAAGAAGACCUAGAAAAGUUGAAACAGAAUAGCAGUGACAUCAGAACCCUGCUUCUUUCUCUCAGCACAGAUACUGACUUCAGAAACUUCCUACCAUUUUCCCUGGAAAAACCUCUGAGUACUAACCAAAGGUACUACACUGAAAGACCUGUGACCUAUGUUGGGCUUGUUAGCUAGCUACCAACCAGCUUCUGCUGGCUAUCCAGCAAGUGUCUUGACCCAUUCCAAAGAUAAAACAGAACCAGGAUCUUGCCAUGCUAUUUAAGAGUGUACAUUUAGAUAUUUUGAAAAAAUAUGAUGGUAACUUUGUAACACAUUACAUACUUCCUCCAGAAACAAGAGGUAUUCUUUGCAUGUAGCAUGGUACCAUAACAUCUCGGGCAGCAGUAAGGGACAUGCCUUUGAAAGCAGUGAUCUCCUUUCAAGUGGAAAUGACAUUGGAAAUAAUGAAGUAGAAAAUCAGUGUUUAUAAAAAGUGUUUUUCAAUAUUCUGUUGAAAGCAGAAAAAACCUUCAAGUACAGAAAUGUCACAUCUCAAAAGUUUUUAUGUUUGAGAGUAUGAAAACACUAUGCAUCCAUGAAAAUAGCUGUGCAAGGUAUUGCAAAAGAUGUGAUUUUUGAUUCAAAACAUGAACGAACUGAAGUCUCUAUUUUCAGUUUUAGUAUGAGUAUCUUUGAGUUUCAAAAAAACAAGUAUUUUCUGCCUUUCCUGAUUUCCUUUCUUCAUCAAAUAAAAGCACGAGUAUAUGCAUAAACAGUAGAAUAGAAAAGUGUCCAUCAAAUAUCACGCUUCCUGAUGAAUCCUCUGCAGCCAUACCUGAUUAUGAAAGACAUGGAUUUUUUUAGCACAUCUGCUAAAUGAUGGCAAGUACUUGGUCUGUUUUGCUACCCAAAAUUCAAGAGGGCCUUUUAUGGCAGCUCUAAGGUCCAUGAGAGUACUUUACACUCCCCUAUUCAGUGGUACAGGAAGGCUAAUGCACUCAUGUAGAAGAUUUUAAAACAUCUCCCAAAUAUGACUAUCCGAACAGAGUAGUACUGGAACAUUUUCAUAAGCUUUGGAGAAAAGGACAAGAUUUUCUCCUUAAAACCCCUUGCUGCUGGCAAUCAGCAUGACCAAGGCAAACUGCAGGGACUAUCUACCACAUUUAAAAUCAGUGUGCUCCCAUAGAUUUUCAUCAAUACAUGUCAGAGUCUCCCCCAAUAAGAGAAGUAAACCUCUACAGAAGAAGUGAAAAUGAGGAGGAAGUGGUUUAUGUUGUAGUCCUAAUAAGCAGAGCUGAUAUAUUUCUCUGGCCUUCUUCCUUUGUAACAUGUAUUGAAGAAGCUUUCUGUUGUUUUCCCAGUAUCUUUCAUACUUGAAAAUUUCCCAAAAUACACAUCUCCAAUUCUAAAAUAUGGUCUUGGGUUACAACCAAUUUUGUUUCAUUGUUAGAUCAACAGUAUAUAAUGAUAUAAGCUUGCCUCUGUUGAACAUUUUUCCCAUGGUCAGGUUUGCCUAACAUACCCAAACAAAACAGAAACUGCUUUAAACCUCUGUAGAGGUUUAGACAGGUAAGGCUGAUCUGUGAUAGAGCUAAGUUCUAUUGUCACACAACUAUUAAUACAGAAGAAAAAGGAGAGAGGGAAUACUCACCUGGAGUUGGGAAGAAGUCAGAUCAGGUGAGACCAGCUUUUUUAAAAAACAGUUUUCAAUAGGUUUAUGAAUUUAGAAUUUAUAGAAGUCUGCUGUGUAACUGCAUCUGAACAAUGCCUUAUUUGAAAAAUACACCCGGCACAGGAGCUUGAUUAAUAAAAACUACCUUUAGCUAAGCUCUUACUGCUAGAAGAAAGUUGGGUUUCUUACUUUGGGUAAAUAUAUCUCAGAGACAUACAUAUCACAUGACCUUAUCUCUUAUUUAUCAAAAAUAUCAUGCCUAUAUCCACUUUUCAGCUAAACUCUUGAUGGAUAAUUGUAUGUUUUCUUUGACAUAAUUUAUUAUCUUACUGAGACAGCUCACUCCAUCAGUAGUGUUAGUAUAAAACAACACAGCUGGUUAUAUCCUGGGGUAAAUUCUCCUUUUCUUCAGUUUUGUAAUUUAUUUAUUUAUUUCUAACUGAUGACACAGAAAUAUAGCGUGGAUCCCAUAUUCCUAUUAUUUUUGCCAAGUCAAAACUACUGUAGUGGUUGUAUAGCAGAUCCUGUCUAGCCGUGAUUUAAAAACAACUCUAGAAUCAAGAAAACACUUGGAACUCAAAUGACCACUGAUCUAUCAUAAAUAAAACAGCAUCACCAUUUUCUUUACAUGUUUCUAAUUGAUGGUAAGCAUCUUUUAAGACACUGAUUUUGGUUUUCAAUGUUUUUAAUUUCUGGCAACUGAAGAGGAACUGUCAGUGUGAGUUCAGCAGUCAAGAAGGAGUUAACUAUCUUUACUGCCUAUAUCCAUAGUGUGUCAAAAAAGAGUUAACUAUCUUUACUGCCUAAAUCCAUAGACUGUCGCUCCAGCCUGUACAAAGGUGAACUGCUGUAGUGUAAAAGUUAGUGACAUCUGUUCAGAGGAAGACCACUGUUUCCUGAAUUCCAACACAUCUAUUUGCUAAAAGCUCUUUGGUCAUACACAUGCUUCCUCCCACCACCCAUUUAUAUAGAUCUUUUGCAGCAGUUUCACCAGUCAUGAAGGUUUGAAGAUAUAACACUUUUCUUUAGGGGAUCAAAUCACUCUUUGCAUAUGUGUAACAAGAAUGGGGUGGGCUGGGAAGAUGGAGUCCUCUUGAAAUGAAAUACCUCACCACUUCAGAAUUCUGUAUCCUUAAAUUCUAUUUGAAAAUUGUUAACUUUAACUGAGUGGCUCUGUAAUUUCAAGCUGCUUUCUGUAACUAAUGGGUCCCUACACUGUCAUGCCUAUGCAUUUAGUGAUGGCACUUGAAUAGGGUGCCCAGAGGUUGUGGAUUCUCCCUUACUGGAGAUAUUCAGGAACCAUCUGGACACAGUCCUGGGCCAUGUGCUUUGGGAAGACCCUACUUGAGCAGGGAGGUUGAACCAGAUGACCCACUGUGGUCCCUUCCAAUCUGACCCAUUCUGUAAUCAACACAAUACUAGCAAUAAUGACAGCAGUCUGGGAUAGCACCACUCAGAUACAAACAACUGGUGAGGGGCAGCUAGAAUCAAUACCAGAAGUUCUAUGUAAUCAAUUUAUAUUCACAGGUCAAGCUCAAAUUUGCAUGGGUCCUAGUACUUACCAAACCAGUGUUUCUAAGAACAAGUUAAAACUAGCAACAAGAGACUCAAUGAACAUGCAGCGAGAGCGCAAGCACACUUCACUGGCUUUAACAUGGAUGGGAAACAGCCUUAAACCAUAAACCAGAAAUACUGAGGAAAAGCCCAUCAUUCACCCCUUAUAAAAGUGAAUAGCUGGGGAUAAGGGAGUGCAAGCUGUUUUCUCAAAAAUCUGCCUUCUUGUUGCUUAUAUGUACAUAAAGUGUAAUCUCAGCACUGAUACCUGUACUACCACUGAGUGUCCCUGUUUCUUGAAGCCUCAGCCAGUUGUUCCCAUUUGCUCUCGUUUACCUUAGACAUUAAUUUUUUGCCAGUGUGCUCUGGCUGAAAAAGAAUUUCAUUACAGUAAAAUCAGAUUUCAUCAACAUCAGUUUUAUGAAGUGAUGCAAGCCUGCACGGUCUGAGUGCAUGCACGGUUUCACUGAAGCAGGGCAGCUAGGUAAUACCACAUGUUUCCUUGACCUUACUCCACCAGGCUGAGCAACUGAAUUCCACUAUAUUUUAUUUUUUACCCUUUUUGCUUAUGUACUCCCUUGUUCUAAAGCAUUAAGUCAUGAUGAUGAUUCAGGUUGCCAUACUAAAAACACAAAUAAAAUUGUGAUGCGUUUUCACUUGAGCUCAGUGCCCGAGCUUGUUUUCAUCUUCUCUGUGUUGCAUACUCUCUAAUUUCUGUGCAUAUGUGCAGCAUUAGGUUUCAUAGCCACAUGUAUUCUCUGUCAGGGGAAAAAUAACUGCUUGUACUGCAGCCCAUCACUUAUCUGAUGUGUCCACAAAAGGCACCUGCAGAAAUAUUGUUAAGUCUCUUCAGAUUAUAUGCAAUGAGACGGUUACUCUCUUCUCCAUGAGAAAAAAGUAUUCAACAGUGAAGGAAAAGACAACAACCACAGUGCUAUGACAGACAGAAAUUUCACACUGCCAACACUUUCACCACAGCACUUAAAGAGAUUCAUCCAUAACUUCGAGAUAAAAAUAAAGGACUUGUAAUUCAUUAUAAUGUUUCUUUGGGUAGAACACGAUGAUUUGACUUUAAAUGUAGAAUUCUCAAGGCACUUUACAAUAGCAAAACUGAUACAGGAAUACUAAGUACCUUAUGCAAGGCUACACAACAACCCAGUUACAAAAUGAUGACAACCCUUACAUCUUCAUUUCUGAAGUCCACUUAUUCAAUAUCAUUACUGAUUUAAUACCAAUUGCAUUUUUUUUUACUGUGCAGCUUGGUGUCUACAACUGCAUGAUAAUCAAUUUACACUCAAGACACAAGCCCUUUUUUUUAUGAACUGCAUAGAUUACCAUUUAGGCAAGAGGUGAGCAGUGAAAUGCCACAGUUUGAUGUCCAAUCUUUGUAUUAAACAAAUUAAAUAGCAGUAACUUGUCAAACUAGUUUAAUUCCAUUAUUCCUCCAAGCUUUUGUGGAAUGGUUACACAAAUUUUGUCCGGGUUUUUUUUACUUUUAUUGGACCUUUGCUUCUCAGAAAUUAAAAUUACAAUCCAACACAUAGACGUAAGUAAUUUCGUGCUCAGCAUGUUUUUAAAACCAUUAAUUAAAGUAAUCUAAACAGCAAAUUUUAGCUGGCUGAAGACUACAUUUUUCAAUGUGAUGCUAUUCAACAGUCCAUCAUUAAAGGGAUUUUAACAGGUUUCCCAGGGAGGUCAUGGAGUGUCUCUGGCGACAUUCAAGACCCACCAGGGCACCUUCCUGUAUAACCUGCUCUAGAUGAGCAGGGAGGUUGGAUAGGAUCAUCUCCAAAGGUCCCUUCCUACCCUAAUGAUUCUGUGAAUUUUGAGGUGAGUGGUUUUGGUGAUUAAAGUUAGAGGGUAUGAAUAAAUUUAAAAAUUGCACUUCAGGUCCAUUGUGUCCUAUUAAGACUUCAUGUAUGGGCCUGUUCAAGCUGCCAAAGACACAAGUCCCCAGGGUACUUCCUAAUACAACCUCAGGAUACUUGGAUACUCCUAUUUUCUAGGCUGUAAAUAAAUAAAUGACUUUAAUAUGCAGCUGUGGUUAUUUCAAUCAGAAAUCUAGAACCAUAGAAUAUUAAAGGGUUGGAAGGGACCUUAGAAACCAUCCAGUUCCACCCCCCACACACAUCCAGAGACCCUUCCCGCUACAUCAGUUGCUCAAGGCCUUAUCCAGUCUGGCUUUAAACAUUGCCAAAGAUAAGGCAUCCACAGCUUCUCUCGGCAACUUGUUCCACUGUCUCACCACCCUCACAGUAAAGCAUUUCUUCCCAAUAUCUAAUCUAAAUUUCCCCUCUUUUAAUUGGUACCCAUUCCUCCUUGUCCUGUCAUUACAAUCCCUAAUGAGGAGCUCCUCUCCGGCCAUCCCGCAGGCCCCGGACAGGACUGCUAAUUAAGUAAGAGGCCUAUAGGCACUCACGACGUUAUCUGCAACACUACACCAAACCCGCUCACCUUCGCCAUUCGGCAUGCACUAUGUUUGGAUACCAACCCAAAUCCGUCAUCACCAACUUCCUCUUUUAGGCCUAAAAGCCCUUCCAUAAAUUGUGCCAGCUGCUCCCAGCACAAAGCAGUUUCGCCUUUUGGCUUCCUCCACAAACUACACUGAUGUGGGCCUGUUUCCUUCCACCGUGACCGCCAGACGCGAGCCACUCCCCCCGCCAGGGGUACACCGGUCCAGCUUCCCCCGUCCGGGGAGUCACACGGGCACGGCACGCCAAGGCUCGGCCCGGGGCGGUCACACCGGAGCGGCUCCCGCGGCCCGGGGCGGUGCCGCGCCUGCGGAGCCCGCGGUGUGCGGCAGGGGCGGGGCGGCGCAGGCGCGGGGCAGCGGCCUGAGCCGAGGUAAUGUAAGCAUUUUAGUUAGACAAGAGAAAGGAAACAGGCAUGUCAGCUCUUUGUCCACCACCAUCUCCUGCAGUUGCUAAGACAGAGAUCUCUUUGAAUGGCGAGUCACCAUUACUAGCUGCCACUUUUGCUUACUGGGACAAUAUUCUUGGCCCCCGAGUGCGGCACAUUUGGGCUCCAAAGACAGAACAGGUGCUUCUCAGUGAUGGUGAAAUAACUUUUCUUGCUAACCACACCCUGAAUGGAGAAAUACUUCGGAAUGCAGAAAGUGGCGCAAUAGAUGUGAAGUUCUUUGUUUUGGCCGAAAAAAGAGUAAUCAUUGUGUCAUUAAUCUUUGAUGGAAACUGGAAUGGAGACCGAAGCACAUAUGGACUAUCAAUUAUACUUCCGCAAAGUGAACUUGGUUUCUAUCUGCCACUUCACAGAGUGUGCGUGGAUAGGUUAACACAUAUUAUAAGGAAAGGAAGGAUAUGGAUGCACAAGGAGAGGCAAGAACAUUUUCAGAAGAUUGUCUUGGAAGGCACAGAAAGAAUGGAGGAUCAGGGUCAGAGCAUCAUUCCAAUGCUGACAGGAGAAGUCAUUCCUGUAAUGGAACUCCUUUCAUCUAUGAAAUCACACAGUGUUCCAGAAGAAAUAGAUAUAAGUGACACAGUGCUAAAUGAUGAUGACAUUGGGGAUAGUUGCCAUGAAGGCUUUCUCCUCAAUGCAAUUAGUUCACACCUGCAGACCUGUGGUUGUUCUGUAGUUGUAGGAAGCAGUGCAGAAAAAGUUAAUAAGAUUGUGAGAACGUUGUGCCUGUUUCUCACACCGUCUGAGCGGAAGUGUUCCAGACUCUGUAGAAGUGAGUCCUCUUUCAAAUAUGAGUCAGGACUUUUUGUUCAAGGCUUACUCAAGGAUGCAACAGGAAGCUUUGUGUUGCCCUUCCGUCAAGUAAUGUAUGCCCCAUACCCUACUACACAUAUAGAUGUGGAUGUCAAUACAGUGAAGCAGAUGCCCCCUUGUCAUGAACACAUCUAUAACCAACGACGAUACAUGAGAUCUGAACUGACAGCAUUUUGGAGAGCUAAUUCAGAUGAAGAAAUGUCUCAAGAUCAUAUUAUCCACACAGAUGAGAGUUUCACACCUGAUUUAAAUGUUUUUCAAGAUAUCGUGCAUAGAGAUACAUUAGUAAAAGCCUUCCUGGAUCAGAUCUUUCACCUGAAGCCUGGCUUGUCUCUAAGGAGUACUUUCCUUGCACAAUUUCUGCUAGUCCUUCACAGAAAAGCCUUAACUUUAAUAAAGUACAUAGAGGAUGACACGCAAAAAGGCAAAAAACCUUUUAAGUCUCUUCGUAGCUUAAAGAUAGAUCUUGACUUGACAGCAGAGGGCGAUCUUAACAUAAUAAUGGCUUUGGCUGAGAAGAUUAAACCAGGUCUACACUCCUUUAUCUUUGGGAGGCCGUUCUACACUAGUGUACAAGAACGUGACAUGCUCAUGACAUUUUAA